GAAAGGAGUAGAGCACUUUGGAAUUGAGAAACUUCCUGUUCUCUACGGAAACAGAAAGAGAAAGGAAAGACAAAUUCUGAUCAGAGAAAAAUAUGGGAUUGGAUUCGUUGGGUGAUCUAGAGUAUCACAUAAUCCUAAACAAAUUAGGAGCCGAAGAUGCUGCGAGAGCCUCUUGCGUCAACAAGAAACUCCGUUCAUCAGCCUCCGAUGACUCUCUCUGGUCCCACAUCUGCUCUCAAGAGCUCAAUCUCUCUCAACCCCUCGAUCCUCUCGGCAAUCCCGUCGCUUCUUUCAAGGAAUGUUAUCAAUCAUGGCGCGAAUCGUUCAGUAUGUAUCCCUGGUCACUUGUACAGCGAGUAAAAAGGUGUUGGGGAAGACUUAGAAACUGGUUGGCACUAAAUUUUCCAGAGGCUGAGGCUACACUUAAAAAGGGUGCAUCGGAGGCAAAUAUUGAAGAAUUGGAGACCAUCUUGAAGGUCAAAUUGCCACUCCCUACGAGGGUCCUCUAUCGAUUUUAUGAUGGUCAGCAAUUUAAGGACGAACAUUUUGCAAAGAGUCUUUAUGGCAGUCCGUUGGGCCUCAUAGGUGGUUAUGCUUUCUAUAACCGCUGUGUAAAUGUGUAUUUGUUGCCUUUAAGUGAAGUAAUCUCGCGAACGGAGGAGAUGAGACGUCAUCCAGGUUUAUCCAGCAGAUCGAAGUAUAUUGUUGUGGCUACUUCGUCUACAUUGAUUAACAAGUCGUUUUUGCUAAACUGUAACAGUGGUAGACUGUAUGUUGGUACCAAGCAUCUUUCAACCACUGGAGAAAUGCUUCCAUGUGUACCAAAUGAAUUGAUAAGGUCAGUGCACAGUCUUAAUGGUGACCAGCAGCAGGAUGCAAUGUUGCUGUGGUUAGAAGAACAUGCCCGUCGCUUGGAAAAUGGCAUUAUCAAACUUCGCGAAGAAAAAAAAAUUCGUACUAUCAGUUUGUUUCCAGAGGAACCUCCCUUGUGUACGACUGCUAUAACCUCUGGCGUAAAAGUUCGUGCUUCUGCUGUGCUUAUUCCAGAGUUUUCUGACCUUGAAGAUGACGAGGAAAAAUAUUUGUAUACUUAUUCAAUCCGCAUGUCGCUUCUUCCCGAAGGAUGCACUAUCAAUGGAAUGACAUUCAGCUCUUGCCAACUGCAUUGGAGACACUGGAUCAUCCGUGCUGAUGACCAAGUAAUAUCUGAUGUUAACGGAGAAGCUGUAAUUGGAAAGUUUCCACUUUUGCGACCAGGCCAGAAGGAAUUUGUUUAUGAGAGUUGCACACCUCUACCAUCUUCUCAAGGGUCUGUUGAAGGUUUUUUUACGUUCAUUCCUGGCAGGCGUAGCGAGCCAAAAGACGAUCCAUUCAAAGUAACAGUGGCACCAUUUCCUCUCCAGCUACCAGACUACAUUUUCUGAAUAUCCUGCGCUGUUUUUUAUAAUUUGCGUGUUAAAAGUUCUUCACUAAUUCCUGGUGAAGUUUAGCAGAUGUUUUAUAGUCUUGACAGAUACAGAGUUUCCUCGAGCAAAAAGCAAAAACUGAAACAAUAAAAUGUUGAAGUAUAGUCCUCGACCUAGUUGUAUAUGGUCUUAUACUAGUAAUUUCUAUGAACUUGGCAAUGGUGCAAAUACUGUGUAAUGCCAUGAGCAGCUCUAUUUGGCAACCCUGGUAUUAGAAGACUCCAUAUAUAAGAGAAAUCAGUUUAAGUGUCC